AGAUGAAGAGGAGGCGGCGGCAGUGGUGGAAGAAGAGGCGGCGGCGGCGGGGGUAGGGAACCUGGAAACGCGAGCGGGGAUGGUAGGUGGUUUGGACCCGCCGGGCCGCCGUCGUUUCCAGAAAGGGUUUGACUGGAGGAACCUCUGGAGCAGCUGUACUGUUGGACUAUUGUAACAAAAAGUCACCCUGCUGAGAGUGGGAGAGGAGGAGGCAAUGGUCACCUGGGUCUUUUCUGACAGAUACAUCUCUGGGCUACGUGGGAUGUUCAGUUGAGGGCACACCUUAUGUGUGCUGGGUACCAGUGAAUUUGUUUCUUAAACAUUGGAUGGAAGCUUUGGGCUAACUCUUCUAAAAGAUGUGCACCUAAAAAGUCAGCUGACACCACUUGUUGGAGUUGUGGAUGUUGAUACCAGUGAACCAGGAUCAGUUCUUCCUAAUGUUGGGACAGUGUUUGGAGCCCUUUGCACACCAGGGUUGGCUGGCUCUUCUGGCUGAUGGCAUGUUGAGGUACAUGGGCCAGUGGCAGCGAGGGCAUCCAAUCCAGAGGGGGCCACUCUAGAGGCCAGGCCACCACCACCAUGGGCCAGUGCGUCACCAAGUGCAAGAAUCCCUCAUCAACCCUGGGCAGUAAGAAUGGAGACCGGGACCCUAGCAGCAAGUCACACAGCAGGCGAGGGGCAGGCCACCGUGAGGAACAGGUGCCACCCUGUGGCAAGCCAGGUGGGGAUAUCCUCGUCAAUGGGACCAAGAAAGCGGAGGCUGCCGCUGAGACCUGCCAGCUGCCAACAUCCUCGGGAGAUGCUGGGAGGGAGUCCAAGUCCAAUGCUGAGGAGUCUUCCUUGCAGAGACUGGAAGAACUAUUCAGGCGCUACAAGGACGAGCGGGAGGAUGCAAUUUUGGAGGAAGGCAUGGAGCGCUUUUGCAAUGACCUAUGUGUUGACCCCACGGAAUUUCGAGUGCUGCUCUUGGCUUGGAAGUUCCAGGCUGCUACCAUGUGCAAAUUUACCAGGAAGGAGUUUUUUGAUGGCUGCAAAGCAAUAAGUGCAGACAGCAUUGAUGGGAUCUGUGCACGGUUCCCUAGCCUCUUAAUAGAAGCCAAACAAGAGGACAAGUUCAAGGAUCUCUACAGGUUUACAUUUCAGUUUGGCCUGGACUCUGAAGAAGGGCAGCGGUCACUGCAUCGGGAAAUAGCCAUUGCCCUGUGGAAACUAGUCUUUACCCAGAACAAUCCUCCCGUAUUGGACCAAUGGCUAAACUUCUUAACAGAGAACCCCUCGGGGAUCAAGGGCAUCUCCCGGGACACUUGGAACAUGUUCCUUAACUUCACUCAGGUGAUUGGCCCUGACCUCAGCAACUACAGUGAAGACGAGGCCUGGCCAAGUCUCUUCGAUACCUUUGUGGAGUGGGAAAUGGAACGGAGGAAACGAGAAGGGGAAGGGAGAGGUGCACUCAGCUCAGGGCCCGAGGGCUUGUGUCCCGAGGAGCAGACUUAGUGGCUCUGUUCCAGGAGCAGCAGCAAGGAUCUGCCCGCUGCCCUGCAGCCAAGCGAGGAAUUGGACCUUUCUGGAAAUUACUGAAGAUCCGGAUAUUUUCUACUUUACACCUUUCUCUGCCUUGUAUCUGAAAGGGCUCUAAAAUGCUGUAUCAUGUUUUAGGCACUUUCUUCAUUUUUGGUUAUUUUGGUUAUUUCUUUUUGGGGGGGAAUCCCCCAAAAUAUUUGAACCUGGCUA